UCACGGUCUGUGAUGGGUAAGGAUUUUCUCUGUCACGGUCUGUGGGGGGGGGGGUCGGGGGGGAGUGGGUCCAAAUUUCUACCCCUAAACACUUCAACACUCCUUUUAGAUCGUGUUUCACAAAACGAUCACAAAACAAAAGAAUAAAACUUAUUUUUUUUACGUGGUUUUUCCGGAGGAGGUGGAAAACGUUCGAUAAUAACUGAUCGUGGUGGAACAGGCAUAGCAGGUAAUUCUUUAACAACUGCGAAAUAA